ACUAUUCUUUUUUUUUCAGAAUGUGGACAUUCGUGUUGUUUUAUGCAACGUUGUGCGCGAUAAACGUUUUUUGUGUGUAUCAAGAAUGGUACGACAACUCUCAAAGUGCUGAAAAUUAUGGUUAUUACAGCGCAGGAUCACAAGGACAACUAAAAGCUGAUGAGAUCUGGACUCGCUGUCUAUCUGGUCGCCGUUAUGUACAGCUUGGUGCCUGCUCUCAGCAUUUUAUCGAAUGUGGUCACACUACCUAUAUGGUUAAAUCGUGUCUAUCCGAGGAGGUAUUUGUGACAGAUCGCUGCGUACCUGCCAGGCAAGCUGGAUGUGAGAGAUGGUAUGGAGAGACCAUAUAUCUAGCUGAGGGUUCUUGCAUGGAAGAUGAUGUCAUACCUUCGACUGAUUGUGAAACGUACCAGAUAUGCAGUAGUGGUUCUUACCGUAAAGUUUCCUGCUACGAUAACUCUGGAAAGCUUGCUGUUGCGUGCUCGCAAUGCUACUCUGCCUAUCCGAUGGACCGACAGAACUUCCCUGGGCAGUGCUCAAAUGGAGAAACAAUUCCACAUCCACAAGAUUGUGCCGCAUACUAUGUGUGUUCGGAUCGAUAUUGGUUCUACCAGAGGUGUAGAAGAGGUGAAAUUUAUGAUCCAUCCGUUGGAAAGUGUGUCGAAGGCAAAUGUGCACCUUCUACCGCAGAGUGUCGUGAUGGAGAGAGGAUAACCAGUAUGAAUCCCGCAGAGUGUAACCGCGUCGUCGAAUGUCGCAACGGAGCUUGGGUAUUACUUCAGUGCCCGGAUGGCCACAUUUAUGAUUCAAAUACAAACAAUUGCGUUCGUGGACAUUGUCAAGGAACUCAGGACCCUCAAGUCCGGCCUUCCGAACAGAAACCUCUUAUUGUUGCAUCGCCACCAAAGUACAAGUCUCUCGCACCAUCUUCAAAUCCCGCUUACAACGGGAUACCGGAGUUUGUUGCUUCCUCCUGUUAUGGAAGUAUCCGCACACCUGACCAAUACGACAGCAGUCGAUACUGGGAAUGCGGGCCUUCUGGAAAAUAUCAGAGCAUAGUCUGCCCCAAGGGGAAUGUUUACGAU